AUGAAGUUCCUGACAAAAAUCGUUCUCGCCGGGUGCGCAGCAUCCCAAGCUGUGGCCUUGCCUCAUAAAUCUCGGGCUGAAGAGAUACAAACCUCUCUCAAUAAAUUGGGUGUGGACGCCUCCAAGAUUCCCCAGUUGGGGGCCAACUCCACAGACAACCACUGCCAGAGUGCUUGCGAAGCAUUGAAUGAGAUUUAUGGUUCCGAUAGGUUGAUCGCUCAAAGCACUUCUGACUAUCAGACCGUCACUGGGUCUUACUGGUCGGCCCAGCAAGGAGAGGUUAAGCCAUCGUGCAUCUUCGUCCCCAAGGUCGAUACUGAUGUCUCGGUCGCCGUCCUCAUUUCUCAACUCACACAAUGUCCGUUUGCUGCCAAGAGUGGUGGUCACGCUGCGUUUGCCGGGGCAUCUAGCAUCCAGGGAGGAGUCACGAUACUGUUGCGCGACCUCAACAAGAUCACUCUCAACAAGGACAAAUCUGUUGCCUCCAUUGGUCCUGGCAACAAGUGGGGCCAGGUUUACAAGGCGUUGGAACCCGAUAACCUCGCCGUUGUGGGUGGUCGUUUGUCAGAUAUCGGCGUUGGAGGCCUGGUUACCGGUGGUGGCAUAUCUUAUUUCUCCAACUUGUAUGGCUGGGCUUUGGAUAACGUGGAAAGCUUCGAGGUUGUAAGCGCAAAAACAGGCGACAUUAUCACAGCGAGUGAAUCCAAAAACUCGGACCUCUAUUGGGCUUUGCGCGGGGGUGGAAACAACCUCGGUCUCGUCACCAAGUUCAAUCUAUACACAAUCCCCAGCUCGUUACUCUGGGGCGGCACCCGGGUCUACAGUGAAGAUCAAUUUUCCAAUGUCAUUGGUGCUUUCGUCGAUGCGGCGAAACAGGCAAAGGAUGACGGAAAUGCUCAGCAAUAUGUCCUGUUUGCAAAUAUGCAAGGAACGAAUAUCGCCUCCGCGGAGUUGACUUACACCAAGGACAAGAGCAACCCCCCUAUCUUCAACAAAUAUUAUUCGAUCCCUUCAAUCUCGAAUUCAACGAGCACGCGGACCCUGUCCAAAUAUUGUGAUGACAUAGCCGCUCAAGACCCCUACGGCAUGCGUGAGGUUUUCUGGACCCGGUCCUUCAAGCUGGACGAGAAGUUCGCGAAUUGGUUGGUCAUGAACUGGUUCUCAGUUCUUCCUCGUGUUUCUGGCAUACCCGGCAGCAUGACAGCUCUAACCAUCCAGGUCAUCACCGAUCCCAUUCUAAAGAAGAUGUCCCAAGCCGGCGGAAAUGCCUUGGGACUGGACGACACAGAAGGCCCAAUUCUUUUGACGCACGUCCUCGGCAUGUGGAACAGUACUUCGGAUGAUGAUAAGAUCUACCGCUUUAUCAAUAAUUUUUUCGCCACUGCUGUUUCCGAGGCGGAGAAGCGGGAUCUCGACCAUGACUUCAUUUACAUGAACUAUGCGAGUAGUUUCCAGGACGUGAUCCCCAGUUAUGGCGCAAGCAACAAGGCCAAGCUGCAGUCAAUUGCGUCAAAAUACGACCCUGAGGGGGUCUACCAGAAACUUCAGCCCGGAUAUUUCAAGUUGGAUCACGGGCCAGAGCCUAACCCAUUCUGA